UUGUGGAGACUCCGCACCAUAUUGUCGAAAGACGAAGUACGCGCCCGGCGUCGCUUUAAUCGCUUGUUGAGAGCGUUUGAUACCGAAGAUCUUGCUGCUAUUUUGAAAUCGGUACAGACAGGAGGUCGAGAAAUUAAGCAGUGUGCUCCUGGACCACCAAUGGAUAUUAAGGAAGAAUUACCUGAGUUGGAUACUGGUUUAAUACCACAGAUAGAUAAACCUAUGUCUAUGCCAUAUUUAUGCUGCAAAUUAUGGAGGUGGAAAGACCUACAGGUGGAUGCAGCAUUACAUAGGUUAGAUCCGCUUCCUUGGUGUCGAUUUGGUAGAGUAACAUUAAAUAAUACAACUGUAUCUUGUUGUAAUCCUUAUCACUAUGCUUUAUGGAUUGUUGGUAGGUGUUUACUAUUGAAAAAAAAAUUUUUUUUUCUUUAUUUUUUUUCAGCAUGGGGACAUAUGUAUCGAUGGUCAAGUAAAAAAAGAGUCGACGAACAUGGCGUAACAUUGAACGGAGAGUUUAUUGCAGUUGGUUUACUGGCAGAUGCAGUUCACGAUGGCCAGAAUGUUUGCUGUGAUUGGGAUAUACAGAAUGAAGUAUCGUUUGCAUUGAUACGGCAACCACAUAAAGAGGAACUUUCAUGUGAAGAAAUUUGGCUUUAUAAUAGUGGAACGAAACCAUUAUUUUUUUCAACUGCAUCGCCGUUUGGGUCACAAAAAACAGAAACUGUAAGACGUGUAUCACCAGGAUACUGUUAUAAGGUACAUAAAUUUUAUGCUACAACACCUGCAACCACAAUGGCAACAGUAAAGUUACGACAACCACAAGUGCAACAACAACUACAACAACUUGUCGGUAAAGGUUGGGGUGAUAAUUAUCAGCGUAACACACAUACAGAUACUCCGUGCCAUUAUGAAGUUAUAUUUGUUCCAAAUUUUAACGUAAAUAAUAAGUGA